CAACCCUCAGCCAGUGCUUUUCAUAUCUUCAUGGUACUCUGUGUGGGUACGCGCUGUGGAGAGAGCUAUCUGUCAGCAUCACGGCGUGGCCAUCCCUGCAGGCCCCAGUCGGGGCGACGGCUGCAGUUUCGUAGUUGAGGAGGUACGGCAAGCGGGACGACGUCGAGCCGCCCCUCUUCGUGACCGCGUUGCCUGCUGGUGGAAGCGCGUGGCCACGCUUUACAUCAGGCUCUUCGGCAUCGGCAGAGGGGCAACGGGGUGCGCGAGCUGGAGAUGAUCCAGACGGCGUGUGUGCACCUGGUUCACAGUCGGCCAGUGGGUGUCCAUCGGCUCCUCCGCCCCGUGAAGGACGCGGACAGCCAGAAGUGGGCGCAGGUCAUGCAGAACAUAGGUGAGCUGGCGCUACCCGUCCUGGAGUCGUUCGUUGAGCAGGCUCAGCGGCUGGCGCGGAGAGGGCAGCGCAGGGCCAUCAGUGAAUCCCUCACCGGGUUCAAAGAUUGGAUCACCCAGCAGACCUCAGUCGGGACGCUGCACCGCAGCAUGAAGAGAAAUCAGCUACCGCCCAUGGAGUUGUUGCAGGACAGCACAGCGGUGAUCCACCCCAAGGAUACCCUGGACUGUAAGAGCAAGAAGUGGCAGCAGGUUUGGGCUCCCCAUAACCUUCGGACCAGACAAAUAGUGUCUGCAUUCGAGGCGGCCAGGGAGGCAGCCCAGCAGGACACCAUGCCGCCCAUCACAGCAGAGGGUGUACGCUCGGCUGCCCACCGUAUCAAGGCAUACACGGCGCUGGGGGGCUGACAGACUGUCUCCAGUGGAGGUUGAGCGAGUACCGUGGGCAGCGCAGCAGGAGCUAGCUGAGCUUCUCAAUUCCAUUGAGCAGACCCAGUCCUGGCCUUUUCCAGACACAGUUGGUGAUUGGGAAGUUGAUUCCCAAGAAGCAGGAUGGAGAUAGGGCCAUUGGAAUCACUUCUCUAUUGGGUCGUCUGUGGUCUGCCAUUAGAGAGGAGCACGUGGGAGAAUGGUGCGGCUUAGUUGAGCAAUAUUGGGACGCAACAGUCGCGGGGAAUGCUUCUCUCCGCGAGGCGUUUCAUCGUGCGUUGCAGGAGGAGGUCUCGGGCGUUUUGAGCACCCCCUAUGCGCACGGGCUCACUGAUAUCCAGGGGAUCUAUGACAAUAUCGUGCGGGAUCUGCUGGUGACGAAAGCGCUUGCCCUAGGAUGCCCUCCCGUGCGUUUGUUUCUGGAGCUGACCCAGUGCAUGGCUCCCAGAGUCCUCGAGCAGAUGGGGGACCGUCAGCGAACCUUUCCUUGCUACUUGUAGUAUUAUCCAAGGAUUGAGAAGAGGCACCAGGUUCGCGAAGUGCAUGGCGCAUUCUGUUAUGGCCAAGAUCGUUCGCAAGCACGAGCGCGUAUCCCAUCGAGUCUGGAUCGAUGAUUUGUCUCAGACGCUGCUGGGCUCCAGGCGAGCUAUUGUGGAUCAGAUGGCCACUUGUAUUGCCGACACGGCUGAUGAGUUGAAAGAGUUGCAUCUGCCCAUUGUUGCGAAAUCCGUUGUGGUGUGUUCGCAUGUACAUGAUGCACGCGAGAUUGCACGCAGAGUUCGUCGAAGGGGGCAUGUCAUCCAGGCGGCGUUGCAGGCGAGCUUCUUGGGCGUCGACCAGGGUGGAGGUCGUAGGCGUGCGAGGGCCACUCGAACUAGGUGCGGGCUGAGGCACGCUAAGCUUCAUUCUAGGGUCGUCAGGUUCGCCAGGGCCUCCAAGAGGUAUAAGGUCACGUAUCGGCUGGAGCGUCUUGGGUCGCAGGCGGCCGGCAACUACGGCCAGGCUAUACAUGGAACGCGCGGGCGCGAACUCCAGCAGCGUCAUGGGAAGUUGGUGGCCGCAUGCAGCGAGGGGAGCAAGGGAAUCUGCAUCGCGCCCCUCUUAGCCAUCCGCGAGGGCUCUCGCGAUCCAGGGGUUGCCCUUCCAGCUGAGGUGUUACCGUUGUGGCUGCAGCAAUGGUUUCAAGUUCUUGAUGUCCGACCGUCAGUGUACAGAGCGUGGCCUCUUUUGUUAUCUAAGCACACACGCAGUCCGAUGAUUUGCUGCCGCAAGCCGUGGCCCAGCACGAGAUGGACGCAGCGUUCUGGCUUCGAGGGGGUAUCCCGCGCGAAUGGACGUGGGUGCCCC